GCCACGGCACGACCGAUGACGUUCGAUGGGCUCGAGGUGGCGCUGGUGGUCGUCGAGGCCAUGGACCUCGCGCCGCUGCCAUCGACGGCCGGCUACUACUUUGCCCUCACGUACCUCGAUGCGACGUAUCGGUCGCUGCCCGACUAUGGCGGCGGCACUUCGCCCAGCUGGCACCACGUCGUGACGUUCGAUGUUCUUGACGCUGCGGCGCCCAUGCAUCUCUGCGUCUAUGGCACAAGCGCCGGUACCGACGACGACGAUGUCCUUGUCGGCAGCUUGCGCAUCGAGCUAUCGCCGCCAUUGACUCUACAGGGCUGGCGGCGCCUCAAGCCAUCGGGCGGUCAAGUGCACUUGGAGCUCGCGUACCAUCGGCGCGCCGUGCCCUGCAUUGCAUCCGACGAGCUCGCGAUUCUCACCGACAUUGGCGCCGGCGCGUACGGCGUGGUGCAGAAAGGUCUACUGGACGGUCAACCCUGUGCGAUCAAGACGCUCCACAUCGUCGACGCCGAUGCGUUUACGCGCGAAAUGCUCUCGCUCUUCGUGCUCGAGUCGCCGCAGCUAGCAACUGUGCUGGCGGUCGCGGAUGCCAAUUCGCACCGGCCCAAGAUCGUGGUCGAAUUCUUUGAAGCCGGCGCACUCGCGUCUUGGCUCCACGAAAGUCCGGCGUGGCAUGAAACUGAGGCGCUGCAGAUCGCUGCCGACGUCGCGCAGGGCCUCGCCUACCUCCACGCCCGCGGCUGCGUCCACGGAGCUUUGCACCCGAGCAACAUUAUGUUAACGCCGCAACGCCGGGCCAAGCUCGUGGACCUGCACCUGGCCAGCGCGACAAUGGUGCACUCUGACACGUUGCUGUCAUUUCCGUGGAUGUUUACGGCGCCCGAGGUGCUUGCUGGCGACGUGCCGAGUGCAGCGAGCGACGUCUACAGCCUCGGCGCACUGCUGCUCGCGCUCGCCAACAACAAUGACGCGCCCUAUGACGCGCCACCCGGCAAUCCAUUUCCGACGAUCGCGAACGUCAUCGCCGGCAACCUUGCGCCACGACCGAUGCCGUUGACGGCGCCAGGCGUGUUCCAGGAAUGUGCCCCGCGGUGCAUGGCCCAUACCGCCGAAGCGCGACCCGCGGCCAAGGACGUCGCUAUGCAGCUCGAGACUGCGUUGCCGGCGCCCAUCGUCGAGCAGAGUGCGCUCUAUCUCAAAGACGACGUGGACGAAGCAUUGACGAUCGAGACUCAGUACUACAACCCCGAGCCAGAUGUCGAAGUUCCUAUCUUUGACGGCGCCGAGUUGCUCGAGCGCAGUCGUCUCGGCGCGGGUCCGUAUGGCUUUGUCGACGCCGCCACCGUUCACGGUACACGGGUCGCGGUCCAGACGUUUCUUGACCACCGGGAUGAGUUUGACCACUGCGUGCUGCUUCUCUCCAAACUGACGCAUGUACCGACCAUCGUACAGCUGCUCGGCGUCGUCGACGUGGCGUCGUCACGCCCCCAACUCGUGCUCGAGUACAUGGACGGCGGCGCGCUGCGGACGUACCUCGACAGCCGCCGCCGGUUCCGAACACGCGUUGAGCUCGACACGCUUACGAUUGCACAUGCGAUUGCGUCGGCCCUUGCCGCGCUGCAUGCCCAAGGCAUUGUGCACCGGUACGUGAGCUCGCUCAGCGUGCUCUGGAGCUCGGCGCGCGUCGCCAAGCUCGGCAACUUUGUCUUGGCCAAGUCUACGUCGCAGGAUAUGGUGCUGACGCAAGGCGUCGGCGCCAUGUUUUGGAUGGCGCCGGAGGUCAUUCGCGGUGAGUAUUACGAUGUAUCGGCCGACAUGUACUCGUUUGGUGUGCUCCUGACCGAGCUCGAUACGCUCCUGCCGCCGUACGGCUACCUCCGCCAAAACCACUUUGUCACGAUGGACCAAGUGAGCAAAGGACUCCUUCGACCUGAGCUCAGUGCCUCGUGCGCGCCAUGGUAUCGCGAUCUCGCACUGGCCUGCAUGGCGCAAGACCCGUCGCAGCGUCCGACCGCAGCCCAAGUGUGCACACUUCUCGAGCCGAAAUUGUCGACACCAACGCGCCUCAAGUCGGGCCAAGUGCGCUCGGCCUUGAAGCCGCUCGUGAGCUUCUCGCUCCCCACCGUGUUGAAGACGCGGUUCUCGUCCAAGCGGGCCAAUCGCAACAGCCAACACACUUGACUUUGCGCGAAACGAUAUGUUGGUCCUCGAUACCAUGGACGUUCUAUUGUGGACAUAUUGUCUGGACCUGGCGUUGGGU